CGUCCGUCUUGUCUCGUCUCAUUUCGCCUCGCCUCGUCACGUCUCGCCGCGUCUCUAGUCUAGUCUCUUAUCCACCUUUCGCCUCUCUUCGCGUUAUACAUUCCUUUUCCUCUUCACAUCUUCUCUCGUUUCUUUUUCUUUUUCUUUUCUUUCCUCCUCCUCCUCCUCCUCCUCCUCCUCCCUCCCCCUCCCCUCUCCCUUUUCUUUUCCACUCUCCGUGCACCGCAUGAUUCCUCGUGUAUCUCGCGUCUUCCCGUGGUUUUUCCGCUCGUCUCGGUGUCUCCGGUUCCGGCGCAACACGAUGUAGCAAAAUGAUGAAUAAUAAUUGGUGCGACAAGGGAUAAAGGAGGGAUAAGAAACGGCUCAACGGUAAUCCAUCCACCGAUCCGAGUGUGUUGUCUCGUGUGCCGUGGACGUACGCCUGGUACGCUUCGUAGCUGUGACCUUGAGAACCAGUGACAGUGCGUGUCUCUGACCUUGGCUCCGCCAAGUUCUCCGAUGGCAGCGCGAGCACAGCUGCCAGACGCGACGACAGCUGAUCGACCACCGGCCAAGUGGAUCCCCAGUGGAAGAUGUCCACGAAUCGGGUUGCGUCACCGUGCAUAAUCAGAAGAGAGACAAAGGGACGAAGAUACGGAGAAUGAGCAUCGAGGAGAAAAAUUCGAGCAGAAAAUUGGUAGAAACGGGAGCCACAAAGGCUUGCCGGUCGAACGAAGUCGUAUAUUAACAAUGGACAUCGAUAUAUCGAGAACAGAUGCGCCAACACGAAUUGUCAGACAUUCUCAGAGCAUGAAGAGGAGAAGAUUCGUCUGACUUCUUAGAUACGUUCGGUGCCAGUUUGGAGAAUGGAGGAGUCCUCACCAAGGAUUCGUCCCUAUCUGGAUUGCUGGGACAGACGUAGGAAAGAGAGAAUGUCCAAGAGAUCCUGUUAAAUGGAAUUUAAAAGCAAGCAGAACGAAGACAAGUACUCGGUGGCGAACAGCCAAGCACCGUUGCAGGCCGGCGAGGACGAACAUCCGGAACGUGGUACAUGGACAGGGAAAUUCGACUUCCUGUUGUCUCUUUUGGGAUACAGCGUCGGCCUUGGCAAUGUGUGGCGGUUCCCGUAUCUCUGCUACUCAAAUGGAGGGGGCGCUUUUCUAAUACCGUUCACAGUGAUGCUCAUUAUCGCGGGACUGCCUCUAAUGUUCAUGGAGCUUUCCUUAGGGCAGUACGCGAGCCUUGGCCCAGUGGCAGCUUACAAACGCUUCUGCCCCCUCCUGCGCGGCUUGGGAUACGGAAUGGUGUUGGUCAGUUCUGUGGUGAUGCUCUAUUACAACUUGAUCAUCGCCUGGACUCUUUAUUACAUAUUCGUCUCCGUGGCCGGAGCUGGUAAACUGCCAUGGAGCAAGUGCGAACCAGCAUGGAGUACCGAAGACUGCUUCAUGCCAGAAGCUGCCGAGGCGUGCGUGUCUCAAAACAUGAGUUAUUUCAAAAGGAAAUGCUUAAAUUCCACCCAGAUGGCCUCCAUGGGCCUGACUCUCGAAAAUAUCACUAGUGCCAUUAGAAGACCACCGGCUGAGGAAUAUUUUAACAAUCACGUGUUGGGGAUGAGUAGCGGUAUAGAGGAGACAGGAGCCAUUCGACCCUCGAUGGCGGUGAAUCUUUUACUAGCUUGGAUCAUUGUCUUCCUUUGCCUGAGCAAAGGUGUUCAAAGCUCGGGAAAGGUUGUCUAUUUCACUGCUCUCUUCCCAUACGUUGUUCUGAUCGCUCUUUUCAUUCGUGGAAUUUUGCUUCCUGGCGCCAACGAGGGCAUUCUCUUUUACUUAACACCCGAUUGGAAAAGGCUAAUGUCCGCGAAAGUGUGGGGCGAUGCCGCUGUGCAGAUAUUCUUCGCCUUGAGUCCUGCUUGGGGCGGUCUGAUAACGCUCAGCUCCUACAACAAAUUCACCAACAAUUGCUACAAGGAUUCGUUAAUCGUCGCCGUCAGCAACAUCGGCACGUCCUUUUUCGCUGGCUUCGUAAUUUUCUCUGUGAUCGGUUUCCUCGCUCACGAGCUUGCGGUUCCGGUGGCGUCUGUGGUCGACCAGGGUGCUGGAUUAGCAUUUAUAGUGUAUCCCGAGGUAGUAGCACGUUUACCAGUCGCACCAGUUUGGUCGCUGCUCUUUUUCGUGAUGCUCCUCACCUUGGGUCUUGAUUCUCAAUUCGCUUUGAUGGAAACCGUCACCACAGCAAUUCUCGAUGCCUUUCCAGCAUUAAGAAACUACAAAUUAUGGGUUGUCUUGGCGGCAGCCGUGUUUGGUUAUGCUGGUGGAAUUAUUUUUACUACUAAUGCUGGCAUGUAUUGGUUGCAAUUGAUGGACAAAUACGCAGCGAAUUGGUCGGUUUUAUUAAUAGCCAUCGGUGAGUGCAUCUUGGUCGCCUGGAUUUACGGCGCGGAUCGAUUUCUCGACGAUGUACAGCAAAUGAUCGGACCUCGUAGCCGCCUCUGGAGAUUUUUCUGGACUUGGAUGUGGAAAGUGAUUACACCAGCCACUCUUUUCUUUAUCCUCUUCUUCAACUGGGUCGAAUACGAGCCUCUCAAAUACGGUGUCUACGUUUAUCCAAAAUGGGCGGACAUUGUCGGAUGGGUCGUUGGUAUGAUACCAGUUUUGGUCAUCGUUGGCUUGGCCCUCAACCAAUUGAGGGAUCGUCGUCGACGUUCCGCCUACGACGACGACGACGAUGACGACGACGACCUGGACAAUAGGCCAUCGUACCAGAGGCCUGGCAAAGGUAAAACGAAGAAGAGCAACGGGAAGAACGUGUGGUGGCGCGCCAAGAUGCUUUUACAGCCUACUUCCGAUUGGGGUCCAGCGAACAGAAAUCCUUCCACUCCGUCGAGAACACUCACUCACACGCCGUCACCAGGUCCACCAGGAGGAUACAAUUCCGUCAGAGACACCAUAGUACUGGUGAACGGUCAACCAAUGAUGGUGCAACCCUCGAGCACAUCCGGCACCGCUCAGAAACUUCCUGGGCCGUCGAUUCUCAAGAAUUCUAGUAAAACCGACUUGAUCACAUCCCAACAAGUCUGACACGAUGUUCAUUUUAUCUCUAAAGACGAGUCUGCCCAGACCUCUAUUGCCAAAGACACAACACGCCAAUAACAGGUAGUUGCAUAUCGCGGAUAGGAUAACACAAUCGAUGGAUCGAUCGAGUGGCAGUCAAACGACACUGAAUGACAUUGAAUGUUCCAUAUAGGAGAAGAAGAAAAAAAAAAAAAGAUUCCUAUGAAUUUAUUUUUUUAAGAUGGGAAUAGUUAGUGUAUUUUUUGAUAUAAUCGAAUCUCUCACUGUCGUGUUAUAUUGUAAUUUUGAAUUCCAACAAAACUUACCAUAUUAGUUAUUACACGUAACAAUUUUAAAUGUCUCGUAUCGUUACGUUUUUAUUUGUUAAUUUAAAUUUUUACAAAUGCGUAUAUUCUUUCAUUAUAUAAAUAUAUUUGAUAUCCUUGUUCUUCUUUUGUAGUUACGAUACAUAGACUGGUAAGAAUAUUUAAGGAUAAAUUAAAAUUGUUGUUAUUCUUUGAUAUUAGCAAAAUAAUAUUGUUUCGUUAUUAUAAAAUAGUAGAUAGAUAGAUCAUUAGGCGCCAGCGAUUCGCGUGAAACGUAAAUGGAUGGAUUGAAAAAAAAAAAAAAAAAAAAAAAAAAAAAAAAAAAAAAAAAGAAAAGAAAAAGAAAUCAAAACUAUCGAUUGAAGAGAAAAUCGUGAAUAAGACGCUCCAAAAGAAUAAGAAAACGCGCUGCGAUAUAAAAAUCAUAUAGGAAAAAUUAAACGCUACUCCACUGCUUUCGAUUGUAUACAUAAGAAUAGAAUGGAUAGGAAGGGGGAGACUCACAAGGAGACAGAGAAAAGUGAAGUGAGCGUAAAGCUAAGAGGGAAAUUUAAUUUAAUCGUAUUCUAACGAAGAAAGUUAUUUAUUGCUAUCCACGCCGAAGCGAAUAUACAAUUCAAUUAAAGAUAAAUUAGAUGCGAAACGAACGAUUUUCCCUUAACUAUUUGGGUCGAUCGAUCACCGAACGAUUACAUUGCUUCUGUGUAAGAUAAUCUUAUCUAAGAUAACGUUAACUUGCAUAGCGGAUCAAUUUAGACGUUCCGUGAGAUUUAGGCGUGUUCGAUUUAGCGGUCAUCGUAAUCGUGGGAUUCGCGUUCGAAUCCCUCCUCCUCGUCGCGAUUUUACAUGUAUGCAACUCUCGUAUCGUUCAGGCUGAAUUUUUCAUUGGAUAUAAACCGCUGGACAAUUUUUGUCGUCAGAUAUAUAUAUAUAUAUUAUAUACAUAUACAUAAUGGAAUAUGUACAUAUACUCGUUGUUAAUCGCCAUAUUUCGUUUCUUUUGUAAAGCACGUUUCUAGUUAAGGCGAGUGUUUGGUACUUUUUUCGAUGUUGACUCGCGAAAUGUUUCUAUACUAGGUAUAUCGAGUGAAUAAGGAAAAAUUGUCCAGCAAUUGAAAGAUUCUAAAAGAGUGAAAGGGGAAAUUAAAGGAGGAAAUUAGAGUGGGAAGAGGAGGGAUGUGGAAAUGCGAUCUUGAAGACAGGCGUGAAUCUUCUUAAAAUGGGGGAUGAUUAGCGCUAUUCUUCUUUCUGCGUUCACUCGUCGAUGUCCUCCAAACGAGUGGUUGUAAUAAUCUUUAGGGAUUGUAAAAAUAUUUUUGUUAAGACGAUUAUAGCGAUGUAGUAUAUUUUUAUCGUUUUUUAAUCCUUUCAGCGUUGACAUCGAAGUAAUAUGGAGAAAUGGAGAUCGGAUGGAAUUGAAACGAUCUUUGGAAAUUUAAAUUUUGUGCGAGAGAAAUUUUUUUUAUUAAUUUUUUUCAGCCAGUAAUUAAUUAAUAUUGAAAUU